AUGAAUAGCCAACAAGAUAAGUUGUGGGUGCGCUGGGUUCAUGCUUACUAUAUCAAAAGAGGCACUAUUGAGAAUGUUACUAUUAAUAGUAACACUUCUUGGCUAUUGAGGAAAAUCUUAGACACCAGGGAGCUGCUGAGGGAUAUAGGUGGUUGGGAGGAAGUGAGUAAUAUACAGAAAUUCAGUAUUAAAAAAGCUUACAAUCAGAUGCAAGAGAAUUUUGAGAGAGUAAACUGGAGAAGACUCAUUUGUAACAAUCAAGCCACGCCUAAAAGUAAGUUCAUUUUAUGGCUGGCGCUUCUGAGUAGACUGACAACUACAGAUAAAGUGAGUAAAUGGAGCAGAGAUUGCAUCACUCUAUGCAAACUAUGUGGAGUCCAAGAUGAAAGUGUGCAGCAUCUCUUCUUUGAUUGUGAUUAUAGCAAGUCUGUAUGGGCUACAACUCUUCAUUACCUUGGGCUAUCUCCUGUGAAUUUUGCUGUUGGUGAACUAAGGAGGGCUAUUCAGAAAGCUAGGAGCAAGAGAAGUAAAGACAAGUUGUAUGUGAUGCUCUAUACUGAGUGCUUGUAUGCUAUUUGGCUUCAGAGAAACUGUAAGCAUUUUAAGGGCACUAAUCUGAGUCCCCCUGCUGUAAUUCAGGAAGUUCUGUUCAAAGUAGCUUGUAAUUGUAAUGAGAAUGAUAGAUAUAGGCUACUUUUGAUGUAG